CGAGCAUCUCAUUCAAGCGGCAGUAGCUUCUCACCAUGUCACACUGGCGGCGAUCCCUCCUCCAUCUGAUGUGAACGCACACCGCAGACCGUCCACUGUCACAUUUAUGUCUCAGUUCGGCAGAUCUACUCGGAGCCUUUUGUUGUUAGAAUGCGUCCAGGAGCGCGUCCUCCUCCUCCUCCUCCUCAUCUCGACGCGGCGCUGUCCUCCUCUCUGUGUCUCUUAGUUUUGCUCAGCUGUGUGGAGGCUGCCGUGUCUGAAGGCGGUGUUUACAGUGGAGUAAACCAGCAGGCUUCACUGAGGAGCGUCCUCGAGCACGUUCACAGUUAUGAGAUCACUCGUCCCACAUGGCUGCAUCCUCACAGGCGCAGGAGGUCUGCCAGCGAAGAGCAUCCGUCAGAGGCAGUGGUUCAGAUCUCAGCUGAGGGCCAGGAGCUCAGACUGCACCUGGAGAAAAACGAGCAGCUGUUGGCCCCCGGAUAUCAGGAAAUAUGGUACACUCCCGAUGGAGGCCGCAAGUCGUCGUCUCCCGCCAGCACUGGAAACUGUUUCUACCACGGGGAGGUUCAGGGCAUCGAGGGCUCCAGUGUGGCUGUCAGCACGUGCUCAGGACUCAGGGGACUGAUUUCCCUGAACACAAGCGUAAGCUACCUGAUAGAGCCUCUUCCGGCUUCCGCGGACGUGCAGCAGCACGCCGUGUUCAGAGCCGAGAGUCUCCGUCUACCCGGAGGUAGCUGCCUGCAUCACCACGGCAACAAAGAGCAUGAGGAGGGGCUUAACGGCUUCAUCCAUGGGAUGAUGUCACCACGGAGCAGGAGGGAAAAAAGGGACCUGAGCAAAAAUAUGAAGUAUGUGGAGCUGCUGAUAGUGGCAGACAAGGCCGAGUUUGACAAACAUGGGAGUAGUCUCGACAAGACAAAACUGAAACUACUGGAAGCGGCCAACUUAGUCGACAAGUACUACAAGCCUCUGAACAUCCGUGUGGCCUUAAUCGGUCUGGAGGUGUGGACCAGCGGGGACAUGAUCAGCGUCUCAGACAACCCUCACGGCACUUUGGCGGCGUUCCUGUCCUGGAGACGCAAACAGCUCCAUGCGCUCCCCAACGACAACGCUCAGCUCAUCACGGGAAAGGGGUUCCAGGGCACCACCAUCGGACUGGCCCCUCUUAAAGCCAUGUGCUCCGACUACCAGUCUGGCGGAGUGAACACGGACCACUCGGAGUCAGCGGUGGGUGUAGCUGCCACCAUGGCACACGAGAUGGGCCACAACUUCGGUAUGAGCCACGACAGUACAGGCUGCUGCCAGGCGAGGGCCGAGGACGGAGGCUGCAUCAUGGCUGCUGCUACUGGGCACCCAUUUCCGCGUGUGUUUAACGACUGUAACCUGAAGGAGCUGAAGAGCUACCUGAGCUCUGGAGGAGGAAAGUGUCUCUUCAACAUGCCAAACACCAGAGCCAUGUACGGAGGGCAGCGCUGCGGCAACGGUUACCUGGAGGACGGAGAGGAAUGCGACUGUGGGGAAGAAGAGGAGUGCACCAGUCCCUGCUGUAAUGCCAACAACUGCACCCUGAAAGCUGGAGCCGAGUGUGCUCAUGGCGUCUGCUGUGAGAACUGCAAGUUGAAGAGUCCGGGUGUGCUGUGUCGUGCUCCCUCAGGGUCAUGUGACCUGCCAGAGUAUUGCGAUGGGAAGGCGGAGUCCUGUCCUGCUAAUUUCUAUUUAGUGGAUGGCACGUCAUGUGCAGGCGGGCAGGCGUACUGUUACACUGGCAUGUGUCUGACCCUGGAGCAGCAGUGUCGGUCACUCUGGGGACGAGAAGGCCGCGCGGCCCCUGAUCUGUGUUUUAAGAAGGUGAACGAGGCUGGAGAUAUGUACGGGAACUGUGGCAAAGAUCUGUUUGGGAAGUACAGGAGCUGCAAGGACAGGGAUGCCAAGUGCGGGAAAAUCCAGUGUUUAGCUUCAGCCUCCAAGCCCAUUGAGAACAACGCUGUCCGCAUAGAAACCACCGUCAGCGUGGGCAACAAGAAGAUCCAGUGUAUGGGAACACAUGUGUACAAGGCUGGGCAAGGGGACGAGGAGGCACAGGGGGACACUCUGGACCCAGGCCUGGUCAUGACGGGCACCAAGUGUGGCGCUGACUCGAUUUGCUUUAAUGGAGAAUGCCGCAAUGCAUCUUUCCUCAGGGCUGAUGAGUGCAACGCCAAGUGCCAUGGACACGGGCUGUGCAACAACAAUCAUAACUGCCACUGUGACGCAGGCUGGGCUCCUCCUCUGUGUGACCAGAGAGGCUCAGGGGGCAGCGUGGACAGCGGACCUGUCAUCAGUCAAAUAGGCAAUUUCCUCCUCCUCCUGCUGGUUGUCCCACUGGUUCUCUUUGUGGUUUUUGCUGUCGGCCUGUGGUGCUACUACAGACAUAAACUCCGCCCAGUGAAAACCUCCGCCCCACCUCCAGUACCAAUUGUUUCAGUCCCCAUCGAGGACAAGCCUCUGUGUGCCGACAGUCAGGUGAACGGUCACGCCAACCCAACCUUCUUGCUAAAGAAACAGGACUCCAGUCACCUGGGUAAAUCCUCUCCUCGUCCAAGCCCGUCUUGCUCGACCCGGUCCAGACAUGCCAUUGUGCGUCCAGCAGUGAAGCCUCCUCCCGUACCUGCAUAUGCUGCAGAGCAGAAAAGGCAGAUGGCCCAUCCACAGGCACAGCCUGCAGCCUUUCCUCAGAGACAAUACUCUCCUCAGGCAAACACCUUUAAAUCUGAGCAGAGACGAAACCAGGCUCCCCCACCGCCCUCAGGACCUCCACCUUCACUUUCACUGGACACCAAAACACAGUUGCAGAGUUCAACAGGACACAAACCCCUGCCAGACCCUCCAAACAGACCUCCACCGCCUUGUCCCGUCAAGCCAUCAGUGGAACAGCAACAAAUGAAAGGCCUGCUGGUGACCACUAACGCCCUGCAAAGAGGAAAAGCUGCUUUGGCUCCAUCUGCUGGACAGAAAAGGCCAAACAGAUCCUAAGAGCUCAGGGAAAUGUUGAAGAACACCACCUGCAUUCAGUAAUGGACUGCCUCAAAUGUAUUUUUAUUAGCAGCUUUAAAAAGGAAAGGUGGCACUGUAGGUGAUGAUAAAUACUUGACACUCUAUAGAUUACAAUGUCUCGAAGGGUCGAAUUAUAGUACAUAUCACAAUGAGUAAGACUUAAGUCUUCAAGGCUUAAUCCAUGUUUGGUAAACAACUUGAAACAGCACGAGCUGUGAAUUUAUGAACUUCAUCUUUUGUUUUCAUUGUUAUUAUUGUCCCAAAGGUUAAUAGAAAUGUGAAAUUGUUCCAUGUGCGCAGCAAUGUUGAAGCACUGUUGCAGGAGUAUUUAUUCACAAAGAAAAAUGAAUGUUUACAAUGUAGUCUAUGUACUAAACUUGGUGUCUUCUGAAGAGCAUCAGCUGUAAAGGAAUGUCUUAUAUUAAGAAAAGAUGCCAGUAAUGAAGUGCUUACGCUGCGUGUGUGUGAAUAUGGAAGGGGGUCUACCUGGACUGGAAGCCCUUCAUGCAUGCUGUAAGUAUAUGCUUAUGAUGAGAGCUACAUGUGUAAUACGUAGCAGGGAAUGUUAGGGAUUUUUCUGUUGUUUAUUACUUGUUUUGUUUAGUCAUUUUAUAUUGGUUUUGGUUUUGCACUUUGAACAAUCUUUUUAGUAUCAUGUUAGUAUCAAAUACCCUCUGAUGGUGUUAGUCCACAGUCCGCAGUCACCUGUCAAGCCUACAGGACUUGAGUGUUUGACACCAUACAGAUUUUGGGGAGACUUAUCACUUUAAGGUCACCAUUAAAGCUCAGUCUAACCACAAUGCAUUGUCAUGUCUCUGACAAUCAGUGAGUUGUCUUUUCAAAUCAUUUCAAGAAAGAGAAAAAAUCAAAUGUCUCAAAAUUGCAGCAAAAAUGUGAAUAUUUGUCGGCUCAGUGGGAGUUUCCUCGUGACCAAAAUGCUAUAAUGCUACUCCUCUAUCAGAGAGGGCUGUGUCCGUUACCGUUUUGUAACGGUGAUCACUUCGGCAUUACUGUAAGAUACUGUUGGAAAUCAUGCUCCAUUUGACUGCUGGGGGGAUGACCUGUUUUUUUCUGUAAUAUGGAAAUACAGUCUGUCAAGCUGCCAUGUUUUACCUUCUAAUCACACCUAUGCAAACCCUGGCACAGUGCGACACUGUGUCUUCAGCUGGAAUUCAAAUAAACACGGAAAAAAAAUUAAAAAAUAUGUUUUAA